CCGCGGCCCCAGCCAGCCAGAGCCCGCCAUGCCCACCGUGGAAGAUCUAUACCGCAACUACGGCAUCCUGGCCGACGCUAAGGACGAUGUGAGCCAGCACAAAACUGCCUACCAAGUGAUCUUGGAUGGCGUGAAGGGAGGAGCCAAGGAAAAGAGGCUUGCAGCCCAGUUUAUUCCAAAAUUCUUCAAACAUUUCCCUGAGCUUUCUGAUGCAGCUCUUAAUGCACAGCUUGACCUUUGUGAAGAUGAAGAUGUUUCAAUUCGUCGUCAAGCGAUCAAAGAACUGUCACAGUUUGCUGCAGGAGAGAACCUACCUCGUGUUGCAGAUAUUUUGACUCAGUUGCUGCAGUCAGAUGACUCGGCUGAAUUUAACCUAGUGAACAAUGCUUUGCUUACAAUUUUUAAAAUUGAUGCCAAAGGUACAUUAGGUGGGUUGUUUACGCAGAUUCUCCAAGGAGAAGAUAUUGUGCGUGAGAGGGCCAUUAAAUUUCUCUCCACCAAGAUGAAGACUCUGCCAGAGGACAUCAUGACAAAGGAAGUAGAAGAAUAUGUAUUUAAUGAGUCCAAGAAGGUCCUGUAUGAUGUCACUGGAGAAGAAUUUGUGCUGUUCAUGAAGAUCCUCUCAUAUCUGAAAACCUUACAGACGGUUAGUGGAAGACAGCAGCUGGUAGAUCUGGUGUCUGAACAGGCUGGUCUGCAUCAAACUUUAAAUCCUGCUGACCCCGAUUCUGUAGACCGCAUGCUGCAGUGCAUGCGACAGGCUGUUCCCCUCUUUUCAAAAAAUGUCCAUUCGACUAAGUUUUUGACAUACUUCUGUGAGAAUGUCUUGCCUACCUUGAGCUCCUUGACCAGCCCCGCCGAAGGAAUUGAUGUUCAGCUUGAAGUCUUGAAACUGCUUGCUGAAAUGAGUUCGUACUGUGGGGAUAUGGACAAGCUUGAGUCCAAUGUGAACAAGCUUUUUGAUAAAUUACUGGAAUAUAUGCCUCUUCCUCCCGAAGAAACAGAGAAUGGUGAGAAUACAGCUAAUGAAGAACCUAAGCUGCAGUUCAGUUACGUCGAGUGUCUUCUCUUCAGUUUCCACCAACUGGGGAGAAAGUUACCAGACUUUCUCAUAGCUAAAGUGAAUGCUGAGAAGUUAAAAGAUUUCAAAACCAGGUUACAGUAUUUUGCCCGAGGACUUCAAGUUUACAUUCGGCAGCUGCGCCUCGCUUUGCAAGGCAAGUCAGGGGAAGCACUGAAAACAGAAGAGAACAAAAUUAAAGUAGUGGCUUUGAAAAUAACCAAUAACAUCAACGUUUUAAUUAAGGAUUUGUUUCACAACCCUCCAUCCUACAAAAGCUCAGUGACAUUGUCCUGGAAACCAGUCCAGAAAGCAGAAACUGGGCAAAAAAGAUCAGUCGAGGAGCCAGCGUCUACUUCACCUCCAAAGAAGUUACAAGUACAGGGGCCAAAGCGGGAUGCCAGACAGAUCUACAACCCACCCAGUGGAAAAUACAGUGGGACCCUUGGGAACUUUCCAUACGAACAACGAGGAAAUUUCCGUGGAGGUAGAGGAAGAGGAUGGGGUGGUGGCCGCUUCAACCGUAGCAGAGGGAGAAUCUAUUGAAGGAUGUGACAGGGGCAUCGACAAGGAAUUUUGAAUCUGCUGAAAUUUUCACUAAUUCAAAGGCUGGACUUGUACCAGUGACCUGACAAAUUGCCUUUGAUACAGACUUCAACAUGAAACACAUUCUUUCUACCUUUUAUGUACCUACUCUUUUCUAUCCAGACGUUCUGCAACCUGGAAACCAGUCACCCUAUGGAUGUUGCACAUUCAGGAUUCUGAGCCACUUCCAUUUAAUUUAAUUAUAUUUUUUUUACGUGCAACAUUGGUUGUAUGCUGAAUGGUCCCUGUUAAUAUUACAUGCAGGAGCCAUGAAACGUACUGUAAAUAGAAGACCACUCUAGAUUUUUAGAGAAGCUAAUUUUGAAACUACCGAGAAAAGAAAAUAUUUCAGUCUGGAGACCACACGCCACCUUUACGGUGUUCUUAUUCAUGGCUAACAAUGCUAGGACUGAAAUGCUUAUUACCAUAGUAACACCAUAUUGUAACUUUUGUUCACGCAGUGACUGCAUGACAUAUGUUAUAUUUGGUCCUUCCAGCAACUUCCUUUUGGUGUUCAUGUAGUUUUGCAGGUGCAGAUUGUUACGUUUCUCUAUUCUGCAAUGUCAGAAUAACCUUUUAUUGGCACUGGGGAAUUGCAGAAUUGAGUCGCAAAUGUUGGCAUCGAAGAAGCUUGCAAGAUUCCUUUUGGUUUGCUCAGGGGAAUCAAGCUGUGCUUGUCUGGUGACAUUUGCUCAUCAUUGACUAGAUUAACUUGCUUACUCGACUAUGUCUGUACUCUUGCAUUUAGGAAAGCCCGCAGCUUUACUUUAGAAGAACCCGAAGGUAGCACUGGAAUGUUUAAGAACAUUAAAUCCAUUAUUUUUUUUACUGUUUAGCCAUUGCUAAAUUAAUUUAUUUAAAGAUUGCUUUCCCAUAUUCUGUUUUAAUUUGAAUAAAUCCAUAUGGUAGUAUAUUUGCUAUA